AUGAUCAAUCGCAAAUAUCUCAUUGUUCGCGAACUUACUGCCACACUGACACUUGAAUGUAUUAGAAUGCAAUUCUCUAACUGUGAGGAUGAAGUAUAUAUUGAUGAUAGCAUGUCAUUUAUUAGCCCUAAUGGAUUAAUGAUCGAACGUUCGAGAGAAUCCACUAUAACAUUAAAAGAAGUUUUAAUAGAUAUGAAGACCCUUAUAAUCGAAAAGAGUCGUAUGCACCUAGAUGAAAAGGCGAUAGUUGAAAUUUAUAACUUGGAAUAUGGCGUAAAGAUGUCUAAUAAUAUUUUAGUUCGUUCAAAAAUGAAGGCGAUUAUGUUUACUGGAUCAAUUAAUAUUGAGGAAGAUCAAUAUGACCAGAAACACACUAAAGUCUGCAAAAAUUCUUAUGACAACUUGUGUGUAAGAAAUUCAAUUGCGGACGAGAAUAUUAGUACAGUUUUGCCGUGGUCACCUCUUUCAUUAAGUCUUCCUGCAUCAAGCCAUACGGAUUCAUCCACUACUUACGACAUUAACAUGUCGGUAAAAUUAAUGGUAGAAGUCACCGAAAAACGUGUGGUAUUACCAACAAACGAGUUCAAAAAUGCAGUGAUGGAAGCCCUGAAACAUGAAGACGCUUUUUUAGAGCUUAAAAGAAUUACAGAAAUGUAUGGGGAGUACAUAAUUCUUAAAGCAAAAAUAGGGGGGAAAAUACUCAGAAUCAAAGUUGAUGAGUCAUUAAAUUUUACACAUUCAAAACAGAGAAUAUCUGGUGAGGUUUUCAAUCACAGUAAUAAAAAUUAUUUUUGGAAAACGGAAUCGAUUCUUGGAGGCAACAAGCAUGAAUAUGAAAACGACUUUAAUAGAUGGAAGAAUUCAUUGAAGGAUUACAAAAAAUGGGUGGUGAUAAGUUAUGAUAGAAUUGAGUUGAUCUUUAAUAUACUUGACGAAGGAUUACGACAGGAAAUUAUUAAGAUAAUUGUAGGGCAAAAGAUCUUGUUUAGUGCACAAGAUCAAAUUGAAGUUUUUCUGCGUUCCGGUCCAAUCCCGUACGAACAUGAACUACAUAUACCACCCGAUUUACAAUCCGAUAUCAAAAGCUAUCAAAUUAUUGCUUCAGCUAUAAAUAAAAAAACGAAAGAAGAAUUUUUUAUGAAAGUAUUCUACACAUCUGAUAGUUCAGCCUCAUUAUUGCUUUACAUGAUUAAUGAAAGAGAUGAAGAAAUCAUUAUGAAAUGCACUGGGAAAAUAAAAAAUAAAGUUCAACGCUAUAAUAUAGAGAUUUGUUGGAUGAUUAUUGGCUACCCAAAGGAUUUUAUUAAUGCAAGAGAUAACUUUAAUCUUAAUAUAAAAAUAUCCAGCAAUAGUGUUUCAGGAGAUGUAAUUGAAAUUUAUGACGAUUUUCAGAAGCAUAGGCUACAUCCUUUGGAAACCUGUUCGUAUGACACAAUUACUGAGUUUGAUAGUAUCCAACUAAAAUCACGUGGUCUGACAAAAAUUUCUGGAAUAUCUUCCAACAAAAUUGUUAAAAUAAAAAGCUCAACGGGAAAGGUUUAA